AUGCCGUCUAUCGAAGAGAGUAAGAGGAAAGUGAAGGCCGGCUUGAGUGAUGCGCCAGAAAUCGACCACGAUGCCAUCCUUGCCAGUCUCCAAGACGAGAUCGAUCGCCAUAAUUCAGGUGACAGCACGUCGAACCGCCAUCAAAGGCGCCAUGAUAGUAGUCGCGACAGCAGCUGCGAAGACAAGAGCCAUUCCAUGAGAUUCCGCUUCAAGUCGCGCCAUACCUCAAAACGGGAGACAGAUUCGAAGAAGAGGAAACGGAAGUCGAGAGAUGAGAAAGAUCGGCAUCAUGGGCGGCGGACAAAAGAUCGCGAGUCAAGUCAAGAUGAUGCGAAAGCAGAUAGGGAAGAAGCAGCACACCCCUUCCCACGCGAGCCUACAAACCCCGAUCUAGACGGGAACGUGGAUGCAAACGCAGCCUUUCGCGAUUCGCUCUUCGAUGCGCUCGCGGACGACGAAGGGGCUGCAUAUUGGGAGAGCGUUUACUCCCAGCCCAUCCACGUCUACGAGCGUCCGACCGUGAAGACGGCAAGAGGUGAACUGGAAGAGAUGAAUGACGAUGAGUACGCGGCGUAUGUGCAGACGAGGAUGUGGGAGAAGAAGAACCCGGAAAUUGUACUAGAACGGGAGCGGGCUGCAAAACAGCGGAAAGAGGAAGAGGAAGAGAGGAAGAGACAGCGGGAGGAGUUCAUCAGACGAAAGGAGCGUGCAGCGUGGGACCGAGCGCAGAGAGAUGGCGCGAGGAGGUUUGCUGGAGUGGGCGAUGAUGGAACGGACGGGUAUGAGUAUGUGUUCGACUUCAGCGACAGGGACACUGGUCGGUCGAAACGCUCUAAGCCUGAGCCGAACGAGUACCUUGAAGCGUGGUCCUCAUACAACAUUGCUUGGGACAGGCUGAAGCUGGAACUGCUGGAUGAGGCCAAUUCGGGGCCAAAGGACGAGAAACGACCGACUCCCUCGAAACGCAUACCUUGGCCUGUACUACAACACAAACCCGUCACCAGGCCGAACAUCGAAGCCUUCAUGCGCCAUAUUCCACUGGAGCGAGAUGGGAAGUCAAGGUUGCAAUUGCUCAAAGCGGAACGAUUGAAGUGGCAUCCGGAUAAAGUGCAGCAGCGAUUUGUUGGAAGCGUGGACGAAGGCACUAUGAAGGUAGUCACGGGUGUGUUCCAGAUUGUCGAUGCCUUGGUUGAGGAAGAGAGGAAGUGA